ACUUGAAACUUCUAACGUCAUAUAACAGUUGCCAAUCCGAAACAAUAUCGAGCAGGAUAUAUAGAUCUGUAACACAGACUGUAAUAUGGAAAUGACUGAAAAUGGAUAGCAUGGCAGAAAUAGUAACUUAAUUCAAGUUUUUGUAUUUUCGGAAUCAUAUUAUGCAUGGGCAUUUCUUUCAAGACAAAAUAAAAAUCAAAGUUCAUCAGACUACGUCUAACACACUGACAUAAGACAAUGCAUUUACAAAAUCAAGACUUCCAACCAGAUAUGGCUGGCGAGUUGCUGCAUCGUCAAAAGAGAGACUUAUCAUGGGACGAUGUGGAGGACUUUUAUGCAGACAAAAACAAUUUUGCUAUGUACUUAGUCUUACCAAUAAUUGUGAUAGUUUAUGGAGGAUGCGCAGUAAUAUAUUGCAUAGCUAGAUGCCGAAGAUAUCUACGUCGUAAGAAAAAGAAGUCCCUUCCACAACAGGAGUUUGCUAAUGAACCUAUAGAGGAACCAAGAACAUCAGUACCUGUGGUUAAUCUUCGGCAGGACGGCGGAGCCACAAAUCGAGAAGGAGCCUCCUCAUCUUCAGAGGUACGCGUGUCUAUGGAACGUGACAGCGAAACUCCAUUGCCCUGGCAGGUUCCAGGAGCGGGCGCCACAGCAGCUGUAAUACAUGAAAAGAAAGCACAUGAUAACAGAGGGUAUGAGAGAGAUUUCGACGAAAAGUCAAGACCACCACCAAGCUAUGAUGAAACAUACAAACCACCUAUACGGCCAAUGUCAAAACCACCACCUUAUGAAGAAAAGGGAAUCAGGCAACGUCGCGGUUCCGUUGAGGAAAUAAUCACACUUGAGGCACCUGUGAUGCAACAUGGGGACUUUAACGACAGAAAACGACGAAGGCCGGGAUCACGACCGGCAUCUCGGCAGUCUGAAAACUCGCAACUUCAAAAGGUUGAUGAAUAUGAUGUAGAAAGAGAGAAAGCCCGACAACUUGUGCGUGGGGAUCGUCCAAGGCGGGAACCAUUACCGGAGAAGGUGGAUCGACAGAGGACUCCGGACAUUAUAUCACACGCGAGGACCGAACCACUAAAACCACAAUAUAAACCAACACAACAUGAUCCGAAAGCAGAGGCAACUUUAAUGGCCAGACAAGCAGCACAGUUGCUUAGGUUAGAUCACAUGGGGAGACAAGCAGGGAAGAAACAAAAACGUCUAGUGUUUGUGGCAGAAUAGCGAAGAGCACUCAUAUUCUAUACUGCUGAUUAUUACUUGAUAAUUUGACUGAUAAUGUUAAGAUAGGAAAGAAAAGCUUGGGAAUAUUGAUAUCUACGAAGAUUGAAGAUGUGUCUGUGAUACGUUUGGUUUAAUUAUUAUUUAGAUAAAUUUUCUUGAUUGUAAAGAUUCAUUAUUGACGUGAAAUAUUUAAAACCCAAAAAGCGCAAUAUGUUAUAUAUAAUCUUAUUUAUGGAAACCUUGUAAUGGCACCUGUUUAUGGAAACCUUGUUGUUAAUUAUAUUUCAUUGAUUUAUGGUGGAAAAAGUAAUUGGAUUAAGUGUUGAAUGGUCCCUUUCAAUGAAAUACAUGUACAUUUUGUACAAAAUGUACUUUUGUUGCUUCACGAAUACCUGCAAAUAUAACAUUGAAUAAGAGUCGAGUGUUUCCAUCUAAUGAACUUAUGACGGUGCCACACCAGUAAAAUGCAUCGAAUAUAGACAGUGUAUCGAAUUGAUUAUAUUUAUUUAUCUCAGACAAAAUUUGCAAAACAUUAUUAUGCAGUCAAGAAGGUAAAAAAACAUCUAAUGUACAUUGUCGUUUGAAAUAAUUAAUUUUAUCAAACUGAAGGAAAACCUGCAAAUAGUAUCACGCCGUCAAGAAGAAACUGCAAAUAUAAUAAUGCCGUGAAAAAAGUAAAAAGGUAUAUAAUAUACACUGGUUCUUUUCAACGAUUUUUUUUGUUUACAUGAAACAAAAAUGGACAGUAAUAAGGCGUCACAAAAGAUUGAAUUAUCUGAUAAAGGCUGUUUUUUCUAUUUAUAUGAAAGAAAAUCAUGUUGACAGCGCCAAAAGAAUAACGUUUAAAGCGAAGACGAAGAAACAAACGUACUAAGUGUAAUACAAGAUCUAAUUUAUUCCACCAAGUGCUGCAAUGUUAUUUGAAUCUAUGACAUAUCAUCAUGGUACGGUACAGUUCCUUCUCUAGCAGGUAACCACGGCAGACCGCUGGUGUGCGAGAUUGUACAGGACACUCUAAAUCAAGCACAACGCAAGUAAUUAUUGCCUUUACUGAAAACAUGCUAAUGGAAAACAAUCGAACAAACUACUAUCUGACAUGGAAAAAAUACCUUGUAAUAGAUCAAGGUGAAAUAAAUCAUUUUUCAAUUAGAUUUUUUAUGGAACGUUAGGCGUUUAUGCAGGGCGUUUAAAGUGAAGCUAAAGAGUCAAUUUCAGUGUUUAACAACUCUUGUGAUCUAUUUUAUAUCGAUUCUAGAAUUAUAAAACAUCAUUUUUAUUGACCGGGCAGAAGCUUGUAAUCAUGUCAUAUUGUGCUAUUUAAGUAUGUAAAUAAUGAAACAAUAGUAUGUUUGUUUGGUAUUUAAACAGUUGAAUCAAUCAUAUUUCUACAAACUUUGGACUUUUAAAUUUAAAAUACCAGCAAAUCAAUUGCUUUUGUAUGUGUGGUAAUUAGAAUUCCUAUUGGUUUUCAUUAUAUUAGAUAUAAAUGCUGUGUAUUUGUUUUAUCAUUUGCCCAAGGAUCUAUCUGUAGAUUAGAAUUGUAUUCAAGUUUUGACACUUUUAUAUGAACCAGACACUGUUGUUAACAUCAACUGAUGUAUCAAUAUAUGCUUUGAUAGAUAUAUCUUGUGUUUCAAAUCAUAUUCAGUUUUAUAUGGUUGCUGUUAUAUAUUAUAUUUUAAAAGAUAUAUCUGAUGUUUUCAUUGUUGAAAUUAUUAGAUGUUUUAAUUUAUAUAAUUUGUGAUUUUAUUGUAAUAUUACAAUAAAAUCACUAAUUAUAUAUAUUAAAACAUC